AUGGCUGCAACUGCGAUCAAGAACCACCUCCCGUCUGCCCUCCUCCCACAUCAUCGCGAGUCUUCACCACCCAAAGACGACCCAAAACCCCUUCAGAAACAGUCCACACAGGAGAUACACGAGGAGCGGGAGCAAGAGAAGCGGCUUGUAUCACAAUGGGAAGACCACAAGCUGGCACUGAGUCCUUCUCAAGUCUCCCAGGCUCCGUCGCAGAAGCAGGUCGGCCAAUCGCAAAGACACCUGCGCUGUGAGGACUUUGACUUGGUCAAGACGCUCGGGACAGGAACAUUUGCCCGAGUAUGGCUUGCACGGCUUGCGAAUGCGAAGAGAGAAGAUCGCGACAAAGUGUUUGCGCUCAAGAUUCUACGGAAAGUGGAUGUAAUCCGCCUCAAACAGGUCGAACAUGUGCGCAAUGAGCGCAAUGUACUUGCUGUGGUUGCUGGCCAUCCGUUCAUAACGACCAUGGUCGCAAGUUUUCAAGACCAAGACUCCCUAUACAUACUUCUCGAUUAUUGCCCUGGAGGCGAGGUUUUCAGUUAUCUUCGACGAGCUCGGCGUUUUAAUGAGCAUACUUCACAAUUUUACGCGGCCGAGAUUGUAUUAGUCCUAGAGUUCCUGCACGAGCACGAAGGUGUAGCAUAUCGCGAUCUCAAGCCGGAGAAUAUCCUGAUAGACGCCGAAGGCCACCUCAAACUGGUCGAUUUCGGAUUUGCAAAGAAGGUCGAUGACAGAGAAACAUACACGCUUUGCGGGACCCCUGAAUACCUCGCCCCUGAAGUAAUCCGCAACACCGGCCACGGCUGCGCCGUCGACUGGUGGGCCUUUGGCAUCCUCGUCUAUGAAUUCCUUGUCGGCCAGCCGCCCUUCUGGGAUCAGAACCCGAUGAAGAUCUACGAGCAAAUCGUCGCCGGCCACGUGCGCUACCCAUCCGCCAUGUCUCCCGACGCACGCUCGCUGAUCGCCGGCCUCUGCACCGUCGACGUCUCGAAGCGCCUCGGAAAUAUCAAGGGCGGCGCCAAGACCGUAAAGCAACAUCCCUGGUUUAAGGGCACCGAUUGGGAUGCCCUCUAUCAUCGUCGCGUUCAGGGCCCUAUUGUACCACAUCUCAGAGGUCCUGCUGAUACGAGAAAUUUUGACGAGUAUGACCCCGAGCCUGAGGGUCGGGAACCUUAUACCGAGGAGCUGAGACAGCGGUGGGACGCCUCGUUUGCGGACUUCUGA